UCGGGUGGUUCAGGUGAUACGCAAAGAUGUCCCAUGAUGCUCUUUGACAGUAUAUCAGAUGGAAUCAAAUCAGCAGUUGCGAGCAGAUCAGUCGCAGGUCAACCAGCAGGAGAAUCAAGAAGCAGUCAGUACUGAAGUGAGUACAAUCCUUCAACUCUUUGAGUGACUAAACUUUGGAAACAAACCAUCCCAGCGGUCUCUAAGGAAGAAAACUGACUACUUGAAGUAUGGAGAGAAAUAAGAAAACCCUUUCCUUGUUUAUUCUGCUGCUACUGCUACUGGUCUGCAAAAAUGAGGAGUGUCCCCGCCUUCCAAAGAAUCUCACUUGCUACACUGACUACAAUAGAAACAUCACAUGUUUGUGGAAAAGCAAAUACGUGUCUGAUGACACUGCAUGCACGAUAGAUGCUCACUAUAAAUCUCGACGCCUUUCUUACAGCGCUUCCUGUCACCUAAAGCCUGUUGAUGUCUCCAGACCAGCCCGGAAGAAGUGCUCCCUGAUCUUUAAAAUUGAAUACACUUUUCUGUCUUUCCAUGAGUUGUCCCUUAAUCUGAACUGCAACCAAAUGAAGAGUGGAAUUACUUCCUUCAAGCCAUCCUGUCGUAUAAAGGUGAAUCCUCCUGCGGAGCCAAAAGUCAACUUCACCUCUGUUUCCUGGUUGUCCCAAGUCCACAAACAUGAAAGGAUCAGUUCAUACAGAAGUGUAGUGCAGUGGAAGAAGCAGGAUCAGUCAUGGAGUGAUCCUGCUGUGCACAAAAAACGUGGCAUUCAAUGUGGACAGGAGUGCAAGGCAGAGCUGGAGCCAGAUUUGCUGAUACAAGGCGAGAGGUACGAGGCACGCGUUCGUGUGCGGUCUAUUUUUCAGCACCGCAAGGGAGCCUGGAGUGACUGGAGCCCCACUGCAUCAUGGGAGUCACUGGUUGGAAGAAUAAAAAAAAGUAACCAUGUGGAAUUGCUAUAAAUUUUCACAGCACACAUUGCAACCUGUACCCAGAUAUUUAAAAUCACAGAUGUACGGGAUGUAUGUAAAACUUAGGUUUUUGGUAGCACUUAAUAAUAAUGUCACAAUGUUAAGAAUUAUUAAUGUUUCAGUAAGGUAUUAGCAAGUGUUUAAUUCAUACUAACAGUGAGUUACUAUCAGUGAUAGCUGUACAUGGUGUAGCAAUAACAGAUGUAUAAAUAUAUCUGUAUUUAAAAAUGACAUACUGAGGAGGAGUAAUUGUAUAUAAAACAUGAAUUACACACUGUUAGGUUCAUUUUUGAGAGAGAGAAGACAAACAUGCUCA